AUAAAUGAUAGAAGUGACAAAGAAGAUAAGAAUGAUGAUAAUUUUUGGGAAACAGAGUCUGACUCAAGUGAUACUUUUUCAUAUAAUGAAAAUUAUAGCUACAGUUCACAUGAGGAAUACAGUGACUCUGACCAAGAAAGUGAUGAUGACGAAAUUAAUCAAAAUGGAGAUGAUAAUAAUAUUAAUAAUGGACAUUUGAACUCACCUAUUUAUGAAGGAGCACCUCUCACUCUCUUGGUGAAAAGUGAUGACAGUGACGAUGAGAAUAUUGCCAUCGUUAAUCCUUCUGCCGCUGAAAUUACUUCGAUGCCAAUUAUUUUCACCAAUUUAUCCACUGACAUAUCAUUACAAGAGGAAGUCGUUGCAUAUGAUGAAUAUUCUCAGAUCAUGGAGAGUGAUAAUAUUGGCUGUUUCGAAGGAAAUGUUGACAAUGAAAAUACUUCAACGGAAACAACGAUUGAAAUUCAAGAUCAAUUGCAAGCUGCUGUGAAGUCAAUUAUCACUUCUUCUGAGAUUUCUCUUAAAAUGAGUCAUAUCAUCGAAGAAAAUGAGAAAUUAUUAACGAAUUUUUUCAAGAACAUUCCCAACCAUGAAGGGGACGAUGAAAAUGAUAACAGUACUGUCACUAUCGAUUCCUUGUUGGAAUUACACAAGGCGAAACUUGGAUCCGGCGAUGAAAACUUAUUUUCAACUAAUGUUGGGAUGACUGUAAGAGUUACGGAUUUAAAGAGGCUUAUCCCACCAAAUGAAUUAAAUGAUGAAGACAUCCCGAUGCAAAAUAAUAGUUAUGACUGUGGCGUUUUUGUUUGCUUUUAUGCAAAGCAGUUAUCAAUGUUGAAAACAAUUCCCAAAAUUAACACUGCUAACAUGAACAGAUUCCGAACGCAGAUGCUCCGAAAUAUUUUAGAGAGCCAUAAAUCAUCGUCAACAUCGGAGAGUGCGAAUAGUGCGCAGAAUAGUCAAAUUUCUGCGGAAAUGACUAAGGAAAUCGAAUUACCAUCUCCUCAACAAUGUAAUCAGAGCAACACUUCGAUGAAUGGGGUAUAUUUAUACCAAUCGGCUCAUUACCAUCAAGGCAGUUCGCAAUUAUUCAGUCACCGGCAAGCAGGGUUGCAAUGUACCGCAAUUGCAACCUAUGCGAUUGCAGCGUUACCAAAUAAAUUGUCACACGUAACCAGUCAAGAUUUAGACGAAAUCCUUAUUGGUGGAGAUAGUUAUUAUUUACAGUGCAGGAAGGCCGCAACUGAAGAUAUGCUUAACGUGGAUGAAUUACUGUCCAAUUUUUUGGUAAAAAAUAAGCUUGCUAUAAUUGUUAAAAAAGAAGAUAUCUCUUGUGGAUCGUUGCUGGAUGAAAAUCCAUUAAGUUCUUUAUACAAGAGUAUUAUACAACAUGUACUGCCAACUAUUGAACCCGAUUGUGGCUAUUUAUUUAUUACCCAAAGUAAAACUGUGUCAUUCAAAUAUUUAUAUUCCCCGAAUGUGAAUAGCCCGGACUUCUUCCUAUUCAACUCUCACCCUGUUGACGAAAAUAACUGUAUACCGGAAGAGGGAACUGAUGCUAAAGCUCGACUUUUUCGGUGCUGUGGAACGUUAGCAUUGGCAAUGGCUCUGUUAGCAGGAACGAAUUUAAAUUGUGGGCAAAAUAAUAAAAUGUGGGCAAUUUACAAAAUUAAAUCGUCAAUUUCCUCACAAAUUUAA